AUGGCAGAAUUUUUGGCCAAUAUUUCGUUGAAGGAUAAUGAUAUAACGUUGACUGGGAUAUCUGAAGUAGAAAUAAAAGUUAGACCAUCUGUUCUUGACAACUUAUACAACUGGCAAGUUUUCCAAGAUGAUGUAGACUUGCUGAAAUUUUUACAAUUUGGUGUCCCUACAAAGAUCAUAACUGAUAAUGGAAUGUGUUUUAGAUCAGAGGAAUUCAAUGAGUUCUACAAAGAGUAUGGCAUUCAGAUAUCACAUUCAUCUCCUUACCAUCCUCAAGGGAAUGGACAGGCAGAAUCAAGCAACAAAAAUAUCCUGAAAAUUAUUAAGAAACUGCUAGGAAAUAAUAAGAAAGCUUGGGAUUCCAAAUUAACUCUAGCACUAUGGGUGGAUAGAAUAACUGUGAAGAAGUCCACAGGAAAGGCACCAUUUGAAUUGGUUUAUGGAACUAGGGCUAGCUUGCCUUUAGAUAACUUAUUGCCUGUACAGAGGUUUAUCACUCGGGAGAGAAUUGAACUAGAGGAUCCACUACAAGAAAUAUUAGUACAAUUGAUUGAACUUGAAGAAGUAAGGGCUAAAGCUUAG